CAAGAACAAAACCCGGAUGUGACUUGGGAAAAGAGGGGGUGGGGAAGGAACAAAAAGUAAAACUUUUGUUGUUUCUCCAGGAAAGUGGACUAGCUCAACUCCUAGCCUUGGGCCCCAGCCCUGGCCGGUCCUCCCGCGGGCGUGGCAGGGUCGGGAGCCCGGGCGGGUCGGACCAGCAUCCCCGCGGGAGCCCGCUCAGCGCGCAGCCUCUCUGCGUCUUCGGGCCGCCUUUGCAAACUCAACGCUCCCCGGGCUCCCAGGGGCAGAUCUCCUGGUGUUGUGGGGACCUGACCAAAAGGGCAGGAGCUUUAAGACCCUGGGACGCUCGGGUGGGCUGGCGUGAGGGGAUCUCGUCGGGGCGCUGGGGACCGCCGCUGGGAGAGGCGGUCACCUUCUGCGCGGGCGGGGCGCGCAGGCAGCGCUGUUAGUUCGGGACGCGCCCUGGUUUGCUGCACUUGCAGCCGCUCCACUUCCAGAGCUGCCCCUGAGUCCAGUUCUCGGGCGAAAAUGCCGGCCCUUCACAUCGAAGAUCUGCCAGAAAAGGAAAAGCUGAAGAUGGAAGUUGAGCAACUUCGCAAAGAGGUUAAGUUGCAGAGACAGCAGGUGUCUAAAUGUUCAGAAGAAAUAAAGAACUAUAUUGAAGAACGUUCUAGAGAGGAUCCUCUGGUGAAAGGAAUUCCAGAAGACAAGAAUCCCUUUAAAGAGAAAGGCAGCUGCAUUAUUUCAUGAAUAACUGGGGAGACACUUCCCCCUCAGUGGAAGAGGUCCUUUGUUGUCAUUUUCCGAAAUAAAACCAACCGCCUUUUAAAGGAAUAACAGUGAAAUUUAAAGGAGACUUUCUUAAGCGCUCACCUAGAUGCGGUCUUGUCUGCAAGCUGCAUGCUUCGCAUCCCUGUGCACCACACACCCCUUUUAAGAGGACAGAGAGCAUCUGAUGUGUGAUUAUGGGAGUAAGGACCCACUUAUGCAUGACUCAGCUCCUUCAGUAUAUUGCUUCAUGCCUCAAAUAAAGUUUUAUCUCUGCA